CUCCCACUCUCACGCAUGCUAGCAUCGAGGCAACCGCGGCCAUUGAAAUCUUUUUGAGAGAAAUCUUAAAUAUUUCAUUCCAUUAACAUCUGAACUCUAGGAAAAUGGGUUUCCAAAACAUUUGGUACUCUCACCCCCGCAAAUAUGGUCAGGGAUCUAGAUCUUGUCGGGCGUGUGCGAACAGGCACGGUCUCAUCAGGAAGUACGGCCUGAACCUCUGCCGACAGUGCUUCAGGGAAUAUGCUGGAGAUAUUGGCUUCAAGAAGGUAUAA